ACUUGAAUAAAAACGAUGUUGGUGACUCCGAUUCCAAAGUUGACUGCCUUCCUACUCUCUCUAUCUACUACUCCGUUAAAAUCGUCUCUUUCAUUUCCUGGUGUUAUCAAUUUCUACCGUCGCCGGAGAUCUUAUCGUGUGUUCACCUCCAUGGCUGAAGCAGGUUCGGUUUACGUCGACGUAGCUGGGGAUUCGAGGUCGGAGCAUGCCACAGGGAAGUGGUUUUCGGUGCCGGAGCUCCGGUUGCGUGAUCAUCGAUUCGUAGUCCCUCUUGAUUAUUCACUUGAUUCCAAAACGUCUCCCAAAAUCACCGUCUUCGCUCGAGAAAUCGUUGCGGUCGGGAAAGAGGAGCAAGCAAUGCCGUAUUUAUUGUAUUUACAAGGUGGUCCAGGAUUUGAAGGUCCAAGGCCUAGUGAAGCUGGUGGAUGGAUUCAAAGAGCUUGUGAAGAGUUUCGUGUUAUCUUACUCGAUCAAAGAGGAACAGGCUUGUCAACCCCUUUAACAUCUUCCUCAAUGCUUCAAUUCAAAUCAGCUCAGGAUUUAGCUGAUUAUUUGGUUCACUUUCGAGCUGAUAAUAUAGUUAAGGAUGCUGAGUUUAUUAGAGUUCGCCUUGUUCCUAAUGCCGAUCCUUGGACCAUUUUGGGUCAGAGUUUUGGUGGCUUCUGUGCACUUACAUAUUUGAGCUUUGCGCCAGAAGGACUAAAACAAGUGCUAAUAACUGGAGGAAUCCCUCCAAUUGGCAAAGCAUGCACCGCAGAUGAUGUGUAUGAAGCCGGUUUUGAACAGGUUGCUCGCCAAAACGAAAAAUACUACAAGAGAUUCCCUGAAGACAUUGAGAUUGUUCGCGAAAUCGUAAAGUACUUGACUGAAUCUGAAGGCGGUGGGGUACCUUUACCAUCAGGAGGCAUUCUCACUCCUAAGGGUCUUCAAACUCUUGGUCUUUCUGGUUUAGGAUCAAGUACUGGUUUUGAGCGCCUGCACUAUAUGUUGGAGAGAGUAUGGGAUCCUAUUUUAGUUACCGGAGCUCCAAAACGUAUUAGUCAGUUCUUCUUAAACGCUUUUGAUAAUUGGCAUUCUUUUGAUACAAAUCCACUAUACGCUCUUCUCCAUGAAGCCAUAUACUGUGAGGGUGCUUCAUCAAGAUGGUCUGCUCAUAGAUUACGGGAAAAAACUGAGUUCAAAUUUGAUGCAGUGAAGGCAGUCAAAGAAAGUCAGCCUGUACUCCUCACGGGAGAGAUGAUAUUUCCAUGGUUGUUUGAUGAGAUUCAUGCCUUGAAGCCAUUCAAAGCUGCCGCUGAUCUAUUGGCCAAGAAAGAGGACUGGCCUCCAUUAUAUGAUGUCGCUACAUUGAAAACUAACAAGGUGCCUGUUGCUGCAGCGAUAUACUAUGAAGAUAUGUAUGUAAACUUCAAGCUAGUGACGGAAACAGCUUCUCAGAUUUCGGGCAUCAGACUUUGGAUAACAAAUGAGUUUAUGCAUUCUGGUCUUCGUGAUGCUGGAAGACAAGUUCUUGAUCAUUUGUUGGGAAUGAUCAAUGGGAAAAAGCCACUCUUUUGAUUCCUUGUAAUAUUAAAUGCAUUUGUGACUUGUGGUAUUCUCUUUGUAGCCUCUUUGAGAACUAAGUGAGUAAAAGAAAGAGAAUGAAUAAAGAAAGUCGUGUUUCAAAGACAA